UUUUUUUUUUGACGCUUUGCAAAUAAUAUUUUUAUAUUUUUUUUUCCAAACUUUGUAUAUAACAUAAUAUGAUUAUUCCCGUUCGUUGUUUUUCUUGUGGUAAAGUUAUUGGUAACAAGUGGGAUAAUUACUUGUCAUUAUUACAAGCAGAAUAUACCGAAGGUGAGGCCUUAGAUGCACUUGGACUUAAACGUUAUUGCUGCAGACGUAUGGUUUUAACUCAUGUUGACUUGAUUGAAAAACUCUUACAUUACAAUCCUUUGGAGCGUUCUAGAGAUCGUGGACGUUCUUAAACAAUUUUUUUUUCUUAUUCAAAAAUAAUAAUAAUAGAAGCAAAGCUCGAUUUUACAUGUAAACUUAUAUUUUUGUUGGGAGAUUACCAAAAAAUCAUGAAAAAGGAUAUAAAUAUAGCAUACACGCAAUGGUUACAUUAUCAUUAUUAUGAAAA